CAGUGAAGAAGAAAUAAAAGAUUCACAAGAUGAAGAUUUUCCAGAAGGGACUUUGAAUUAAAGAAGGAUUUUUAUAUUUGACAAGUCUUGCCAUCUGUAAUGAAGAUUGUUGUGAGACAGAAGAUUGAGUGAAGCUGUGUAACAUCAGACCUGGAUUAGAAAUUUAGAAAAGAAAGUUAAAAUUUGUCACUUUUAUUUUAGUGUUCCAAUUUCAUAAUAUUUAUUCUUCCUUCUAAAUUUAUUUAGGGAGUGGAAACAAAAAUUCAGUGCUAUCAUAAAGGAUGCAUUAAUAUUCUAGUAUUUGUUCUGGCUUUUUGUUUUUUCUUUUUGAUGAGAGACAAAAGAUAACCAAGAACUUUUUUUAUAGUGGUUCAUAAUGAAAUAUACUAAACACAAUUUUAUGAUGUCAGUUCUUGGCAUUAUAAUCUAUAUAACUGAUUUAAUUGUGGACAUAUGGGUAUCUGUCAGGUUUUUCCAUGAAGGACAAUAUAUUUUUGGUGUUUUAGCAUUAAGCUUUAUGCUUUUUGGAACACUUGUGGUUCAGUGUUUUAGUUAUUCUUGGUUUAAGGCUGAUUUAAAGAAAGCAGGCCAAGAAAGUCAGCAUUGUUUUCUUCUACUUCAUUGCUUGCAAGGAGGAGUUUUUACAAGGUAUUGGUUUGCCUUGAAACAGGGCUACCAUAUAGCUUUCCAAUGUAGAAGUGAAACAGAUAACUUCAUGGAAGAGCAAAUGGAUCCACAGAAGGAAGUUAUAGAUAGAGUGACUGAUCUGAGCAUGCUCAGACUAUUUGAGACCUACCUGGAGGGCUGCCCACAACUUAUUCUCCAGCUCUACAUCCUUCUGGAGCAUGGUCAAGAGAAUGUCAGCCAGUGUGUAGCCAUCACGGUCUCUUGCUGUGCUAUUUCUUGCUCAACUCUUGAUUAUCAAAUAGCUUUAAGGAAAUCCUUGCCUGAAAAAAGGUGUCUUGAUGGAUGCUGUCCCAAAAUCACAUAUCUCCUUUACAAGUUGUUUACAUUAUCGUCUUGGAUGCUGAGUGUUGUACUUCUACUAUUCUUAAAUGUUAAAAUUACUUUACUUCUGUUGCUAUUUCUUUGGUUUUUAAGUACAACAUGGGCAUUUCAAAACCAAACUCACUUUUGUACUUCCAUGAGUAUGGAAUUCCUGUAUAGGAUUGUCGUUGGAUUCAUUCUUAUCUUUACAUUUUUUAAUAUUAAGGGACAGAAUACCAAAUGUCCAAUGUCUUGUUAUUAUAGUGUAAGAGUAUUUGCCACUUUGGGGAUAUUGAUUGUGUUCUGGGUUGGACCACUUUUUUUUUUUAAUUCAGAAUAUUUUAUAUUUAUCAGCAUCACUAUAGUUCUUACUCUUCUUCUUGGAAUUAUUUUUCUUUUUGUUUAUUAUGGGAAUUUUCAUCCAAACAAAAGUGAAGAGACAAAAUGUGAUGAAAUUGAUGGAAAAUCAGCUAAAAGAGAUUGUAGAAUGAGGCAUUUCCUAAUGGAAUAAGUGAUUCAUUUAUGUUACAUUUACAUAUUUUUGUUUCAUUAAUAAAGAAAAUGUGUGU